GUUUGUAGGUUAGGUCCACAGGGCGUCCAAGUAUCGGAAACCGCGGGGCAUUUCCAAAAGACAAUCCCGAUCCCUGUAUUCCAAUUUUUUAACUGUUUCAAUCAUGUCCUAAGGCUCGACCAAAGAUCAUCCCUGUCGUCGCCGAGAAAGUCAGAUUUCUCCUGAACCCUGUUUAGGGUUUUUGUUCGGAUUGUUUAUCACUCGAAUUACGCGAUACCCUGGCUAGGAUUUCUCUCGCAUUUGAUUAGCUAACUAUCUAUUAAUUACUUGAACUGAUUUUUAUCUACUGAGACCGAGCUGAAUCUCGGGUCAGGCGAGGAUCUGAUGAAAUCUCCGACGACGACGGUUUUUUUGCUCUACUUCCUCCUUCUUGCAUCUUUCAAUCUCAUAUAUGGCGUCUCCAGAUCGCAACCGGAUGAAGCGAAGAAAAAUAAGUUUCGCGCAAGAGAGGCUACCGACGAUUCCCUUGGGUAUCCAAACAUAGACGAAGAUUCUCUGUUGAACACUCGAUGCCCUCGGAAUUUAGAACUAAGAUGGCAGACAGAGGUCAGUUCUAGUAUAUAUGCAACGCCAUUGAUCGCAGAUAUCAACAGUGACGGGAAGCUUGAAAUAGUGGUGCCUUCUUUUGUCCACUACUUGGAAGUACUGGAGGGUGCUGAUGGAGAUAAAAUGCCAGGGUGGCCUGCCUUUCACCAGUCUACUGUUCAUUCCACACCUCUCCUAUUUGACAUUGACAAGGAUGGUGUAAGAGAAAUAGCUUUAGCCACCUACAAUGGCGAAAUCCUCUUUUUUAGGGUGUCAGGAUACUUGAUGUCAGAUAAACUGGAGGUACCUCGGCGAAAAGUUCAUAAAGAUUGGUAUGUAGGCUUGCAUUCAGAUCCAGUCGAUCGAUCUCAUCCAGAUGUCCAUGAUGAGUUGCUUGUUAAGGAGGCCGAGGCUGCUAGCUUGAAGUCAAUGCUUCAAACAAAUGGAAGUAGUUUGUCUGGAUUAAACACUUCGGUUUCAUCACCAGAAGGUCAUCUGGGUUCAUCAGUGAAUGUAUCCAACACUGAAAAUGAAGGGAAACUAAACUCUAGUCAAGCAGAAGCAAGUGUUAAGCUGCCAACUAGCAUGAAUAAUUCAUCCGAGGAUACUGCAACAGCAGAAGUUGUCAAAGCAGAGAACAUAACAAACCCCAAGAGGCGACUUCUUGAAGAUAAUGAUUUGAAAAAGCAGGAGAGUGGUUCUGAAUCUGAAGAUACUAAAAAGGCUGUUCAUGGGGCAACUGUGGAAAAUGAUGGAGCAUUGGAAGCAGAUGCUGACUCAUCUUUUGAGUUAUUCCGUGACAGCGAGGAUCUAGCUGAUGAGUAUAAUUAUGACUAUGAUGAUUAUGUUGAUGAAUCCAUGUGGGGAGAUGAAGAGUGGACAGAAGACAAACACGACAGGAUGGAGGAUUAUGUUAAUGUGGACUCACAUAUCCUGUGUACUCCAAUCAUAGCAGAUAUUGACAAAGAUGGAAUAUCAGAGAUGAUUGUUGCUGUGUCUUAUUUCUUUGACCACGAGUACUAUGACAACCCAAAGCAUUUGGAAGAAUUGGGGGGUAUAGAUAUUGGAAAAUAUGUGGCAAGUUCUAUUGUAGUUUUCAAUCUUGAUACAAGGCAAGUCAAAUGGACCGCAGAACUAGAUCUAAGUACAGAUACUGGAAAUUUCCGUGCGUACAUAUAUUCCUCACCAACUGUGGUUGAUUUGGAUGGAGACGGGAAUUUGGACAUUCUUGUUGGAACUUCCUAUGGCUUAUUUUAUGUUCUGGAUCAUCAUGGCAAGGUGAGACAAAAGUUUCCUCUUGAGAUGGCUGAAAUUCAGGGAGCUGUAGUUGCAGCAGAUAUCAAUGAUGACGGCAAAAUUGAGCUGGUUACAACUGAUACACACGGAAAUGUUGCUGCUUGGACUGCACAAGGUGAAGAAAUUUGGGAGACACAUUUAAAAAGUCUUGUGCCACAGGGUCCAACAAUUGGUGACGUUGAUGGAGAUGGUCACACUGAUGUUGUGGUUCCAACACUAUCAGGGAACAUAUAUGUUCUCAGUGGUAAGGAUGGGUCACCAGUCCGUCCAUAUCCGUACCGCACUCACGGGAGAGUGAUGAAUCAAGUUCUUUUGGUUGAUCUAACUAAACGGGGAGAGAAGCAGAAGGGACUCACUCUUGUUACAACAUCAUUUGAUGGUUACUUGUACCUUAUUGAUGGGCCCACAUCUUGUGCUGAUGUUGUUGAUAUUGGCGAGACUUCAUAUAGCAUGGUCUUGGCAGACAAUGUUGAUGGUGGAGAUGAUCUUGAUCUCAUUGUUACAACCAUGAAUGGAAACGUCUUCUGCUUCUCAACUCCUGCACCUCAUCAUCCCCUCAAGGCGUGGAGAUCACCUAAUCAGGGAAUGAACAAUAUUGCAAACCAGUACAGCCGUGAAGGAGUCUAUGCUUCGCAUACAUCUAGAGCUUUCCGUGAUGAAGAAGGCAAGAACUUCUGGGUAGAGAUAGAGAUUAUAGACAGAUACAGGUUUCCAUCAGGGUCUCAAGCGCCUUAUAAUGUCACUACAACCUUAUUGGUCCCUGGAAACUACCAAGGAGAGAGGCGGAUAACAAUCAACCAGGUUUUUUAUCAACCUGGAAAAUAUCGAAUAAAGCUUCCUACAGUGAACGUAAGGACAACUGGCACAGUUUUGGUGGAGAUGGUUGAUAAGAAUGGACUCUACUUCUCAGAUGAAUUUUCCCUCACCUUCCAUAUGCAUUUCUACAAAUUGCUGAAGUGGCUUCUGGUUCUUCCAAUGCUUGGGAUGUUUGGUGUGCUUGUUAUACUCCGUCCUCAGGAAUCCAUGCCAUUGCCAUCUUUCUCACGGAACACUGACCUAUGAUAUGCUAGAGUGGAAGCUGAACCACAAAUUGAUUCCAGAAGCUAAGAAAUGUUCUUUGACCAAGUGCCAUUACAGCUGAGGGUUUGUGCUACUUGCUGGGCCUUGAUGCAAGUUCACUAACAACCUAGUGAAUGGUUCCUAAGUUAACCAACGUCGCAGAUGGUAUGGUGUUGCCUGCUACUGGGGCAAUUCACAAAAUGGGAGGUUAGUAAACUUGGUUCUUGGUUGAGACUAAAAUAGUUCUCAGAUCUCAUUGUCCUGAUCAUCCUUUCUACACCCAAUCCCAUAGGAAUAUCAAUGAAACAAGUAGAUAUUUUGUUUUUAGCUACUUGUCUUUGUUCCUUAAAGGUCAUUGACAACUUGUUCAGUAAGAGCAUUUUAGUUGGGGAUUUUUUUUACCGCUUGGGUAAGGCCCUGUUUGGCAUCAAUUCUGAAAAGUUUGAUUCUCAUAAUACUUUCAGAGAAGAAUGGAUUAUGAGAAUUCUCAUCUUCAGAAUUUGCAGCAGUGUUUGGCACAUUCAUCUAAUUCUUGUUUCUUGGAAUCAAAAUUCUUAUACAUAAGUGAACUUCAAACUA